CUUUAGUAACUCGGCUACUUCGACGACCACCACCAUGCCUUCGCGUAAACUUCACCAUCAAACUUUUUUCUCCUACAAAACCCUUGGUUUCCUAUAUUAGAGUCUGUUAAUGGCUAUAGCUGUUAGAAGAAUUGGAGGAGAAAAAAGUUGGUUUUGUCACCUCUACCGUUUUUUCUCUACAAGCACAGAGAACGCUGCCUCCUCUAUUUCUGAUAUUGAAGGAGAGUUCAAAAGCCUUUGCUCUGCAGGACGCAUAAAAGAAGCCUUUAAGACAUACAAUGCAGAAAUAUGGACGGACCAACAUCUAUUCUCUUAUCUCAUCCAAUCUUUCAUACCCAAAAAGUCCCUCUUGAUAGCAUUACAACUCCAUUCUUUAGCUAUCACUUCUGGGUAUUACUUCAAAGACAAGUUUGUCAGAAAUCACCUGCUGAACAUGUACUUUAAAAUGGGAAAAAUACAAGAAGCUAUAGCAUUCUUUAAUGCAAUGCCUAUGAGAAACAUUAUGUCUCAUAACAUUUUGAUAAAUGGUCAUGUGCAACAUGGUGAUUUGGAGACUGCGAUUAAGGUGUUUGAUGAAAUGCCUGAAAGAAACGUUGCUACGUGGAAUGCAAUGGUUUCUGGGUUGAUCCAGUUUGAAUUUAACGAAAAUGGGUUGUUUCUGUUUAGAGAAAUGCAUGAGUUGGGGUUUUUGGCUGACGAGUUCACUUUAGGUAGUGUACUUAGAGGUUGUGCAGGUCUGAGAGCUUCAUAUGCAGGAAAGCAGGUUCAUGCCUUUGUGUUGAAACAUGGGUAUGAAUUCAAUUUGGUUGUUGGGAGUUCUUUGGCUCAUAUGUAUAUGAAAAGCGGUAGCUUGGGAGAAGGAGAGAAAGUUAUCAAAGCUAUGCCGAUGCGUAAUGUAGUUGCUUGGAAUACACUUAUUGCAGGUAAUGCUCAAAAUGGUCACUUUGAGGGAGUUUUGGAUUCGUAUAAUAUAAUGAAAAUGUCUGGCCUCAGGCCAGAUAAGAUUACGUUGGUGAGUGUAAUUAGUUCUUGUGCUGAACUGGCAACUCUUUUUCAGGGUCAACAGAUUCAUGCUGAAGCGAUCAAAGCUGGAGCUAAUUCUGCUGUUGCAGUGCUUAGUUCAUUGAUCAGUAUGUAUUCUAAGUGUGGGUGUUUGGAAGAUUCAAUGAAAGCUUUGUUGGACUGUGAACAUCCGGAUGCUGUUCUGUGGAGCUCGAUGAUUGCUGCUUAUGGAUUUCAUGGACGAGGAGAGGAAGCUGUUCAUUUAUUUGAGCAGAUGGAGCAAGAAGGUGUGGAGGUAAAUGAUGUUACUUUCUUAAGCUUGCUUUAUGCUUGUAGUCAUAACGGAUUGAAGGAAAAAGCGAUGGGAUUUUUCAAGUUGAUGGUAGAGAAAUAUGGAUUGAAGCCUAGACUGGAACAUUACACUUGUGUGGUUGAUCUACUUGGUAGGUCGGGAUGUUUGGAUGAAGCAGAGGCCAUGAUAAGAUCGAUGCCUCUUGAAGCAGAUGUUGUGAUUUGGAAAACUUUGUUAUCUGCAUGUAGAAUCCACAGAAAUGCAGCCAUGGCAACAAGGACUGCUGAAGAAAUUCUUAGGCUUAAUCCUCAGGAUUCAGCAACUUAUGUCCUCCUGUCAAACAUUCAUGCUUCUGCUAAGAGGUGGAAGGAUGUCUCCAAAGUAAGGACAACAAUGAGAGAUAGGAAAGUUAAGAAGGAACCAGGAGUAAGCUGGUUGGAAGUAAAGAAUCGGGUUUUCCAGUUCUCUAUGGGUGACAAAUCUCACCCAAUGUCAGAGGAGAUUGAUUUAUAUUUGAAAGAACUAAUGGAGGAGAUGAAGUUGCGGGGUUAUGUGCCAGAUACUGCCACUGUUUUUCAUGAUACGGACAGUGAAGAGAGAGAAAAUAGCUUGGUCAACCACAGUGAGAAGUUGGCUAUUGCUUUCGGUUUAAUGAACAUUCCACCUGGUUCGCCAAUAAGAGUAAUGAAGAACUUGCGUAUCUGCAGUGACUGUCAUGUUGCUAUCAAGCUCAUAUCCGACAUCAAUAACAGAGAAAUUAUUGUUAGAGAUACUAGCAGAUUUCACCAUUUCAAACAUGGGAAAUGUUCUUGUGGAGAUUACUGGUAAUAGACAGUGCUAAUGUGGUGGUGACAUCAUCAUUGCUCGGAUCUGUGAGAACUAAAACUUGUUAUGCUUAAAGAGACAUUUGUUCCAUCAUAGUGUUGCCCCUUUUGUUUCAUGGGUUGAUGUUAUUCAGAGUUAUUCCAGUUCUCAUAUCACUAGAUCCGCUGUUCUCAUUUACUUGACUGGGAAGCCUCAAGUUUUUGUAUGGACUUGCAGGUCAGGUAGCGAUCUUGUUGCAUACGGCCUCAUUCAUUUCCGAAUUUGUUGGAUGAUAUCCUUUUUUACCAAGCUUAUUAGCUUUAGUUGAGGACCAACUUGUCCAGGUUGUUCUAUGUUUCAACGCCAUUCCUUUGGUUUCCAUUUUGUGGAUGACGACAUACUUGUCAAGAAGUGAAGCAGCUUUCUUAACCUGCAGAUAUAAAGGAGCACUCGAGUUUUCUUUGAACUUUUUUGUUUCCUCAUCUACGUCCACAUGGUGCCAAAAAUGCCCUUGGAAAACGGUGAAAGAUGUAUAAUAUGAACAACGUCAGCUUCUGUUCCUCUGAGUUGGUGUGGACACCUUGUACUUCUCCCUUCUUUCCCAGCAAUGGAUGUUAAUGUGGCAAGCCAUGCUGGACGUGUAUUACUGCUUCACAAGUUGGGUUUACCACCUUGUUUCCCUGUGACAGAAAUGAUUCCUCAAAAUAAGUCACCAUCAAACUGUAUAACUUUAAAUUUGAUUGAUGAUGAAGUCGAAGGCUUGAUGGACACGGCAGGAUGCAGGGAGAGAAACCAAGGAUACAGCGAUGUUGGUGCAUAAUUUGCAUCGAAGAAAGGAGUGCUUUCUGAUGUUUUUCAAACAACAUGCCAAUAAAACUUGCUUUGCAUGGGAGAGUUAUGGGCAGCCAGGGAGAGUUGCGGGGUGAAGAGCCCUACGCGUGUAAUUAACUAUUUAGCUAUACCUGACAAGCACGAUGAUAAAUGGGGAUUUUCUCAAGUUACUGUUCCCCAUUCCUCAUUCCCCGAUAACAGAAGGCAGAUGGGCAAAAAGCGGCUUCGAUGUAAUCUUGGUGUUCUGCGUGACUGCGGAUGACAUGAUGAAAUAGCGGAUUAGUUCUUCAGGAUACACGAGGGAGGGAUCUUUAUCCAGUAAAUGUUGCUGUCUAAUCCUAAAAGCAUAUGAUCAUGGCUGUGUGUUGACUGGAUGGAUUUGGAAUCGAGCUGCACCCCACUACCCACUAGAAGUGGAAACUGAUAAAAAGCGUUGUCUGAUACAAUUGUUGCGCGAUUGGCGAUCAAUGCAUUUUCAUGGCUGCAAAUUGGUGGAUUUGUAUGGCCGCCUGGAAGCGUUUGUAAGUGGUCUGAACUGAUGAGAGGUCGCCGCUUUCAGUUGCCAGUAGAAUCCUAAA